GCGUGGUGCCGCUGCGGCCGUGAGGCUGGUGUUGGUCGGCGUGGGAAGGGCGGAGGGUGCGGGCCGGGUCAGGCCGAGAGAUGUCGGUGGUGCAGGGGAGGCCGGAGCCGGAGGAUGAUAACGAGUCGGAUGUCUUUGAAAUUGUCCUCCCAGUCACUGUCAUCGUGCUGAGCGAUGAUGAUUUCCUCCAGGAGGACGCUGAGGAGCAGGCAGCGGCCGUUCCCGGGUUGAGGAAGGAGAGUGAGCAGGAGGCGAACUCAAACACCAGUAUUUUCGUAAAAAGCCAUGUGGAACCCUCAAAUGUUAGUAGCAGUUUAAGCAUUUGGGAAGAAAACAAUACUGACUCAAAUAAGGAUAAUACUAUGAAAUACUCUGGAGAAAAAGGUGUUGCUGAGAGUGUGUGUAACGAAUCAAAAUCAUCUUUAAGUGAUUGCUGUGAUGCAGGCAAGAAUAAAUAUAGUCAAAAUUGUGCGUUGCCUACAUCAUCCUGCAAAACAGAGCUUACAGAGAUAAAAGAAACCAGUGACAGAAAACAAUGUGAUGGUGAUGAUGGCUUUCAGAAGAUUCUUCCUCUCCUCUCCUCUGCUGGCAGCGAGGGCAGAGAUGAUACCAUCAAGACAAGCAGACAUUGGACACUGGAAGUGAUAUCCAAACAUAAAGAGGAACAUGUCAGUGUUCAAAGUGUUCUUUCUGAUGGCAUUCAAGCGGAACAACCAGAAAUCCACAAGGAGAUGGAGACAAUUGCUGAAAUGGAAGAUCCUGGUUCUUCAAAGAUUGGAGAUAAUGAAGCCAAUAACAGCAAAAGAAAGAAAAUCAGAUUUGAAGAUGAAACUCUGAGUUCUCUUUUGGAACAUGGCUUGAAAGAAGAACUGAAACUUACCUAUAAUUGUUCUUCUCUGUUUCUUAACGGAUGUUCUUCUGCUUCAAAAGAAUUGCUGAAAGAUGCAGGGAAACCAGAGAUGAAUGCUUCAACUUCUUCUGAAUCAAAUACUACUGAAGAGCAUAUUUAUAAGACGUUAACUCCAUUUCCUAAAAAAAGAUAUCGGCAACAACAAGUUUCUCCUCAUGCAAGCCCAAAAGAAUUCCAAAGCCAGCAAGAAGGUUUAGCAUGGCUAAGUAAUAGUGUGACAAUCAAACCUCUUCCUAAAACAUCUUGUUCUAGAAAAAAACAUGAAAGAUUGCAUUUGAAGUGCAGGUUUUGUAGUCGUGCAUAUAAAUGCAACGCACAUUUAAAGAAACAUGUUUAUUCAGCUCAUAAAGAUAAGAAAAUACAUAAGUGCUGCUUUUGUAAAAGAACCUUUUUCUUUUCUGUCAACCUCAAGAAUCACCUUAAAUUUCAUAAGAAAAUUACUAGGUUGCACAAGGCAAGAAAAAAUAGAAUAAAUGCGAGAAAAGCCAGGCAGAGGAGAUCUGAAGAAAGAAAAUCUGAGACCAAGAAAAAAGAAAGUAAAUAUGAAAAAUUUUUCAUCAAAAUCGAAAGGGACUUUACACCUCUAGGUGUGCCAGUUAGUUUUUCCUGCAAAAUUUGUUUCUUUGCUUCAUCAAAUCCUAGGAUUUUUAUUCAUCACAUGAAGGGACAUAAAGAAAGACCACCUUACCGGUGUCCUCAAUGUGAUUACUCCUGCAUUAGCUUAUCUUAUCUCUUAAAUCACAUGUACUGGCAUGCUGGGUAUAAACUGUACCAGUGCAGGUUUUGCACCUUUUUUUCAUCAUAUUUUUCAAGCAUGGUAAGGCAUAGCUACAUACACACAGGAGCUAAACCACGUUUGUGUGAGUUCUGUCAGUCAGCAUUCACAAGCACCACUGUGUUGAAGAGACACAGAAGAUUACACACUGUCAAAGAAACAUGCCCAGGGCAGCAACUCAACUUCGUAAGUGGAAGAAAGAAGACUCGGAGACCUUUAAAGAAUUAUACAUGUGGUGAGUGUAAUGUAGUGUGUUACACUAGAGGACAUCUUAGCUUUCAUAAGAAAUUUCAUAAACAGCUUAAAUCUACUGCUAAUGGUUAUAUGAAUCAGAGCAACGAAUGUCAUAAAACCAAAAUAUGCAAAGUUGACAGUGAUUCCCAGGACCAUGCUUCUCUGUCUCCUCAUAAAGAAAAUUAUUGUCUCAAAGGGGGAUUGCUAGCUUCAGAAGUAGACUUUGAGCAAGCAGGUGGUGUGUGGGGCAGUAAGAAAAUGUGCUCUGGAAAGAAAUUCCCUGAAAACAGCCAUGGAAGCAAGAGCUUGUCUAUUAUUGGGAAUAGAUCAGAAGCUCCUCUGAAUUCAUACAAAACAGACACUGUUGUUUGCAAAGAGGAGCCUCUUUUCAAUUCCAAGGCCUCUUGCUCACAAGCUCAAGAUGAUGAUGCAUAUUGUAAAUUUGUGGAAAACUUAAAGGGUACUUGGCCUUCCAGUUUGUCUACAUUCAAAACGUACAAGUGCCAAUACUGCAAUUAUGCUACUGCUGUUCAUAGUAACUUUCAGCUGCACCUGAAAAUACAUACACAUACAAGACUGUUUGUAUGUAAAGAAUGCAAUAAGACAUUUAAAACAUCAAACCAAUUGCAGAAACACAGCCUUAGUCACAUAAAGAAUGGACACGAGUUUGGCCAUUGCCUCUAUGUAGAUAGCCGUUUAGAGAAUCUUGAAUUGCAUCAUGAAAUGCAUGUAGGGAUGUGUCCAGAAAGAGAUUUUGGUUCCUCGGAAGGUCCAAACAAUGUCUAUUCCUUGCUGGGUUCACAAGUCUGUGGACUACAGCCAGGUGUACAGGGAAGUGUAGAAAAUGAUUUGCUAGCACAAAGUCAGCCACGAUUCUAUCAGUGUGCAGAAUGCGAGUAUGCUACUCACAUUUUAAGCAACCUUGAACUACAUGUAAGAACUCACACAGGUGAGAAACCUUACAGCUGUAGUGUUUGUCAGAAGAAGUUUCGUACUUCCAGUCAUCUGAAAAGACACCAAGUCACACAUUUUAAUGUAGGGUAUCUCAAGUGCAGGAACUGUGACUAUUCAACUAACAAAUGGCUGUCCUUGAAACAGCAUUUGGCUUCACACUCUUGUGCAGAAGGCUCAUCUACUGACUGCCUCUAUGAACAAAAGCAACUACCUGUCAAAACAUACACAUGUGAAGAGUGUGGAUAUUCCACGGUCCACAGUGGAAACUUCAAGCUGCACUUGAGAAUUCAUACAGGGGAGAAGCCGUUCAAGUGUGGUCAGUGUGCUGUUGCUUUCCGCACAUCCAGCCACCUGAAGCGCCACUUAGUGACUCAUUCAAGGUUGCACUGCAAAAGGUGUAAAUUUUCUACAGUAGAUAAAUGUGAUUUCCAAAAGCAUGUAAAAACACACACAAAGUGCAAGUGUGAACAGUGUAAUGUGAUGCUGCCUACCAAAAAACUUCUGGAAAAGCAUAAGCAGCAACGUGAGCUUGGAAUAUGAGCUUGGGAAUUGCAGGUUGGCGUUUGGUUCUGGAGAUGCUUGCAUGUCCUGAAUUUGUUCACUGCUUUACAUUCUCCUGCUGUCUCUAGAACAAUGGCUGGUAGUGGAUGCAUCCCACGUUUUGGUCCGAAGAGUGAAACUCAGGGCACAGAUUUGCUCCAGAUUCUUCUAGGAGCUUCAGUUCUAGCAUGGGCUGUGCCAAAGAAGAUCUUGGGGGCACUUGUUCAUGCCUGAGUAACUUCUUAGCACCAUGAAGUCAGUUAUGGCCAAUGUUCAUUGGUUUGAACAGUUAUUCUGUGUCACUUACUUUCCUGUAAAAAAUUUAAAAACCAAAGUCACAUCUAACUGAAAGUAUGUUUAAGCGGAAGUAAGGAAGUGAACAUUACAAUGCAUUGUAAUAACUUUUCAUUUAAAAAUCAUCAAUGUGUUUGGAGGCUUAAUGCUACCUCCCAUCUGCUGAAAAUUGCAUUCACUGCUCCCAUGUUCUCUUGCAAUAGAAAAAAAAAUAGUAUUUCAGAAAAUUACAGAAACAGAAGUUGAUGUUAUCACUGGAUAACUAGGAUAUGAAAAUGUUUUCUCUGUGUGUGUAUAUAUAUAUAUUAGGUUUAUUAGGCAGUUACCUUGUCUCUACUUUUGAUAAUUCUUUGAGUAGUUGGGCAGAAAUGGUAAUGGUGUCCUUAGUCAGAUAUUUCAUGAUACCGAGAAUCCUUAAGUUAAUCUUUAACAUAAGACAUUUACAUAAAAUUAAUCUAGUGUGGAAUGCCUUAUAUUUUCUUAGGCUGGUAGUUACUGUACUCUUUGUUUCUUAAAAUAGACAAUAUCAUACUUUUCAAAGAAUUCAUGUUAGUUUAACCACUUGCUGAUACAUUGCAAAUACUACUUAGUUACAUUGAAAACCUUAUCAGUGUCUUGACUUGUAAAAUUUACUUUGUUAGAGGUUUACUGUGCAUCUAAAAUACCAUGCACAAGGACCAGUUGUGCCAAACAGCAGUUGUUAUCUGGUAUAGUCAAGACAAAUGAAUGCUUCUUCCACUUUAUGUUCAAAUCUAGACAAAUUUCUGUUUGUUUUAGAGUUGUACAGUGCUAGAAACUCUGUGUGAGCAUCACUGACUAAUGUGUUCAGUGGUAAUGAUAGCAGCAUUGUAACCCUCUUGUGUGAGGAAAGGAAAUGGCAAAGGGCUGGUACUAACUCUCUCCUAAUGUUACAGUUCAGUACAUGAAAUAGCACAGCAAACCUAUAGCUUAAUGUAGAGAAUGUAAACAUGAAAUUUCCACUGCUUUUUUGCUGCUGUCAAAUGUAUGAUUUUCUUUAUAGAUAUAGAUAAUAUCUUACAGAGGCUUUCUGGUAACGUAAGAGACAGGUUGGAAACAGUUGCCCAGAGAGGUGGUAGACUCCUCCUCUUUGGAAAUAUUCAAAAGCCCAUCUGGACAUGGUCCUGGGCAACCAGCUCCUGGUGGCCUUGCCCUGAGCAGGGGUUUGGCCAGGUGACCUCCAGAAGUCCUACAGCCAUUCUGUGAUUUGGAACACCAUUUUCCAAGAGUGGAUUGAAACUCAUGAACAGAUGCAUGUAUUUAAGGCCAGAUCAGCAAAGGUAUUUAAGUGAUGUAGUUCUUUGUAGUUGCAGUAAAAUCAGGCAAGUAAGUAUCAGUGACUCUGAAACCUGGUGUUUACAGAUGUUUUUACUACAAGCCGGGAAGUCACAGUUUGGGAAUCAGUGAUUCAGAUCUUAGAAUGAUUGGGCUAACGACUGAAUACAGUUGUGAGAAAGAAGAAUGUUGUUCUGAUAUGAAGAAAGAAAAGCAUUUCUGGGAAAUACUAACACUGUUACACAAACAUGGAGGAAUUUUUACCUGCAUUACUGUGCAAUUAGGAUCAUUUAUUUGAAGAGAAAUUCAGAAUAAAGGGUGUAAAGCGGUAACAAAAGUGGUGAAGAGAAUUGUAAGCCUGUAUAUCAACUGAGACUGGGAAAGCUAAAUCUCAUAGACGAUAAUUGUUUACAAACAUGGUGCACAGUGGUGAAGAAGGGAGCCCAAUUUAAGGGGGGAUAAAUUACUUCAAAGGAAUUUUUAAAAGUUUGUAAACAGUAUAAGUUUAUUUUAAUUGUAAGUAAGAACGAUGGAAGACAUUUUGAGUUUUUAAGAAUUAUUUCAGGAGGUUGCUUCUAAAAAAAAUAAAUAAAGUGUUUCAUGACUCAUGAGGUUCCUCUGUGUUUCUUAUGGAGUGCAGUGCACUGCACUUUCAGGGAUUGGAAGUGGUUCUCAGUCUGGCAAGUCAGAGAAAUUUAAAUGUAAAUGCAUUCUAAUUUUAAAAUAAGGAUGCGGACUGUUCUUGA